UGACGGUUGAGAAAUAGAUUUUUUUUUUUCUUUUUUUUUUUUUUUUUUCAACUAAGCUCCCACUGACCACGCCCCUUUUCGGUCUCCGCGUAUAUAAAAGGACCGUCGGUGCAAGAGCAACACAUUCAACAAACGAACUUCUCGAGAUGUUUAAGCUGGUCGUCCUCCUCGCCUUGGUCGCUGUGGCCGCCGCCAUGCCAGGCUUCCUCGGAGGCGCUGGAUACGGAGGUGGAUUUGGUGGAUACGGAGGAGGUGGAUACGGAGGGGGAAGCUUCGGUGGAUUCAGCGGUGGACACGGAGGUGGAUUCGGUGGAUAUGGGGGAGGUUUCGGUGGUUUCCGCGGUGGAAUUGGGGGACACAGUGGAGGUUACGGACGCUAGAGGGCGGCAGCGAUCUUCCAAGUUAUCAUCAAUUAUAACUUUUAAACUCUAAUAUAUUAAUUCAAAACCUG